AUGAAACUAGAAAAUAUCAAGUUGGCCAGUAAUCUUCAGAAUCUGCAGCAUGAUUAUGCUAAUCUUAAGCAAGAUAGUGUGGAAAACAAUGAAGUAUGUGGAGAGUUGUUAUUAAAACAAAGGAGAGAACUGGUGGCAGCCAAAACUGACCUAGCCUUGAAAGAUCGGGAGUAUGAAAUAGUUGAGAUAUCAGAGCGUGUUAUGAAGCAAAUGUGUGAUGAGUUCAAGAGGGACAAGGAAAAAGCACUCGAGGACUUGCGCAAAAUGCAUAUCAGAAUGGACGACGCCGAACAACAGGCAAAAGCAGCAAUGGCAAAAUUGAAGAAGGAACGCUGGCAUCGGGCUGAAACAGAGAAGAAACAUCGAGAGUUGAUAAAUCAAUUGAGGGAGUGUAUCGUUGAACAAAGGCAGGUUAUAGAGAAUUGGAGGAGAAGUUUCUCACAGCUAGCCUCCCUUGCUAAUGAAGCCAUUAAAGAUGUCCCUGGGUUACUAGCUGAUGCUGAGUCUGUUAUGCCGAUCUUUAACCCACCUAAGAAGAUUGAAACUUUCCUCAAUUACUGCAAGAAGCUGAUUAGAAAAAUUAAGAAUGUGAUGGCUAGGGCUCGUGAUAAUUGAUCAAGAUUUUGUAUACCUUCAAUGUGACGAACUUCUAAAUGUUGUGGACGUUUUAUGAACUGUCCUAUUGACUCUGUUCAUGUUGAUUUCCAUAUUAUACGUUUGGCAUUGUUUUCACAUCUUUAUAAUUUCUGGCUAUAACAAUGGUGUUACUUUGUUUUUGCUCUUUCACUUUCUUUUUUCGUUUUUAUUUUCUUCUUCUUAAGUUAUUUCAUCUAAUGAAAUUCAGUUCAGAAAUAACAAUACGGCUAAGUUUCCAAGACAUCCUAAAGGACACGAACCAGUGAAAAAUCAUGGAGAACCAAGGAGAAGUUCAAGAGGGGAUGAAAGCCGAUAUUCAACAACUGAAGGGACAAAUGAGCCAAAUUCUAGAGGCCCUGAGUGCCUUACAAAGCCCUGGAGAUUCGCGCGCACCACGAUCGCAAAUAAGAGUGUCAGGGGCACCAACUCUCCCUCCUUAUUGACUUCCUCCAAAUUACACUCCACUCUCAGGAGAGGACUUGGGACAUGUUGACAACCAAAAGGUCGAAGACAACGCAGUUGAAGUAGAAGACAAGUAAUGAAUCAAUAUUUUCUCGACUUUACUUAGUUUAUUGUGCUAGAAUUAA